GAGGAGAUCCAGGAGGUGAAGGACGAAGGGAAUCUGGAGAUGCUCUUUAAUUCGCUGGAUAAGAUCGUGGAGGAGGCAAAGAACCAGGAAGAGCCUGCGUGGCGUCCCAGCGGCAUCCCGGAAGAGGACAUUCGCAGCGCCGUGGUGCCGUACCUCCUCAAGCACAGGUCCUACUUGAGGAAAGUCCUGAAGGAGAAGGAGGAGGAGAACCGGACGGUCGCGGAGUCUGUGCUUGCGGGGAGGGACAGGAUUGCAGAGCUGCAGCAGCUGAUACAAGCUCGCAAACGUGCCUGGCAGGCAAUUAGCAAAGAGCAGCGAGAACUCGUCACGAUGUUCCAGGUGCCCCAGUGA